GAAAACAAUUAGGAUCCUAUCCAUCCAUAUAUUUAAUUUCUUUCUGUGAUUAAAUUUAGUUCCAAACAACUUUGAGUUAUAUCAUUUCGGCUGGUCUGAUCUAUAUAGUUAACUGGCUAAUUAACUUGUCACUAUCUGCGUUCAUUGCACAUGUGACCAGGAUCAGCUCCAGGUUGAUAAUUCUAAACUUCCACAUCAUCACCAACAACUCCAAAAGCCCACCAUUUCCUUGUUCUGACCCCAUAGCCCCUUUAAGCCAGGCUCGGGGUAUAACUACGGCAUAGUAGGCUUUUGAGUGUGGCAAUGGCCAAUGUACGAUACAGAGCCAGGGGCAGCAAUUACGCUCAAGCAGAUGGCUUGAAUCAGUUCGAUGACAGCGUGUACCCCGGUAGGAGGACGGCAGUUGUGGAAGAAUUGAACACAAGUGAUGAAGAAGAUGAGGGAGUCAAGCAGAUUGAACCAACUGAACCGAAAACGGAGCAGAAUAGCAGCCCCAGCAUAGGGAUUGUCGAUAUAUUACGGUUUUUAUUCUUGGUUUUUAUCAUAUCAUCGGGUUUAUCCUACUACAUUACUUCGGAUUCAAUAAUAUGGGGUUACCAACGACCGUGGUUUACAAGGCCGCAAGUGUUGCUAAGAUACUUUAAAGGUCCUCUGAUUCUCUCUCGCUCGGAAUUGUCUUUAUACAACGGCACAGAUCCCAAUCUCCCUGUGUAUGUCUCUGUAAACUACACUAUCUAUGAUGUCUCUGCAAACCGACGCAUGUACGGCCCGGGAGGAGGCUAUGGGUUCUUUUCUGGUCGAGACGCAACGCGUGCAUUUGUAUCGGGUUGUUUCAAAGAAGACCUGACCUCCGAUCUGCGCGGGUUAGAGGAGAUGUAUAUGCCUAUCGAAGACGUCCCAGACGAGGAAUUGACUAGCGCCCAAAAAAAGAUUCGACGAGAGAAGGAGUUAAGAGAGGCACGAGCCAACGUUAGGAGGCAGGUUUUACAUUGGCAGAACUUCUUUGCUGACAGCCACAAAUACUUUGAAGUCGGCAAGUUGAUACAUGAUGGGGAAGAUGAGAAAGGGGAGAAGAGAGAACUCUGUGCCAGUGCUCAGGCAGCGAGGCCGAAGAGGUCUGAGAUGAAAAAAGGGACAGCAGCUAAAAGCCAGCCUACGUAUCCUCCGGGCGUGAAGAAGGGAGGAAAGCAUUGA